AUGUUUUCUAGGAGCCCCGUCCUCAACCUAUCUGGCCCCACUGAGUUUGUGUUCCGUGUGUUCACAGCUGUGCCUGAAUUCCAGGUUCUCCUUUUCCUACUCUUCCUCUCCCUCUACUUGAUGAACCUUUGUGGCAACACAGCCAUCAUCUGGGUGGUGUGUGCACACAGCUCCCUCCGCACCCCAAUGUAUUUCUUCCUGUCCAAUCUGUCUUUCCUGGAAAUCUGCUACACCUCUGUUGUGGUGCCUUUGAUGCUUUCUAACAUUUUUGGGGCCCAGAAGCCCAUUGCGUUGGCUGGCUGUGGGACCCAAAUGUUCUUUUUUGUCACCCUUGGCAGCACGGACUGUUUUCUUUUGGCAGUCAUGGCGUAUGAUCGCUACAUGGCCAUCUGCCACCCACUACACUACACCCUCAUCAUGACCCAGAAGCUGUGCAUCCAGAUGGUGGCCAGUGCCCUGGGCCUGGCCGUCUUCCUCUCCCUGCAGCUCACAUCCUUAAUCUUCACCCUGCCCUUCUGUGGGCACUAUCAGGAAAUCAACCACUUCCUCUGUGAUGUGCCUCCGGUCCUGCGGCUGGCCUGCGCUGACAUCCAUGUGCACCAGGCCGUCCUCUAUGUCGUGGGCAUCCUGGUGCUGACUGUCCCCUUCCUACUUAUCUGUGUCUCCUAUGUGUUCAUCACCUGUGCCAUCCUGCGCAUCCGCUCUGCAGAGGGCCGCCGCCGGGCCUUCUCUACCUGCUCCUCCCAUCUCACUGUGGUCUUGCUGCAGUAUGGCUGUUGCAGCCUGGUCUAUCUGCGCCCUCGUUCCAGCACCUCAGAGGAUGAGGACCGCCAAAUCGCCCUGGUCUACACUUUUGUCACCCCCUUACUCAACCCUCUUAUUUACACUCUGCGCAACAAAGAUGUCCGAGGUGCUCUGAGGAAUGUCAUCAUUGGUAAAGCAGCCUCUGACACUAGUUGA